UACAACACCGAGCCACAUGGUUCCAGUUGGGCGCCGAACCCCACCAGGACGGAUAGGAAACCCACAGCUGUGGGACGCUCCGCACGGAACCGCCUCCAGCGAGGGAGGCCGGGGGACUGCAGCACCGAGAUGAAGGGCUAGACCGCGGGAUCGCUGCUCAUGCGACGGCCGGGAGCGCCUGCGAGCUGGAUUUGGUGGAGGAUGCUGCGGCAGGUGCUUCGCAGAGGGCUCCAGUCGUUCUGCCACAGGCUGGGCUUGUGCGUGAGCCGGCACCCGGUCUUUUUCCUCACCGUGCCCGCAGUCCUGACCAUCACCUUCGGCCUCAGCGCGCUCAACCGCUUCCAGCCCGAGGGCGACCUGGAGCGCCUGGUCGCUCCCAGCCACAGCCUGGCCAAGAUCGAGCGCAGCCUGGCCAGCAGCCUUUUCCCCCUGGACCAGUCCAAAAGCCAGCUCUAUUCGGACUUACACACCCCUGGGAGGUAUGGCAGGGUGAUCCUCCUCUCCCCACCCGGGGACAAUAUUUUGCUCCAGACUGAGGGGAUCCUGCAGACCCACCGAGCCGUGCUGGAAAUGAAGGAUGGGAGGAACAGUUUUAUUGGACACCAACUGGGCGGGGUAGUGGAAGUGCCAAACAGCAAGGACCAGCGGGUCAAGUCAGCCAGAGCCAUUCAAAUCACCUACUACCUCCAGACCUAUGGCUCUGCCACCCAAGACCUCAUAGGGGAGAAGUGGGAGAAUGAGUUCUGUAAGCUUAUGAGGAAGCUCCAGGAGGAGCACCAGGACCUCCAGCUCUACUCACUGGCAUCCUUUAGCCUCUGGAGAGACUUUCACAAGACCAGCAUCCUGGCCAGGAGCAAGGUCCUAGUGAGCCUCGUGCUGAUCCUGACCACAGCCACCCUCUCCAGCUCCAUGAAGGACUGUUUGCGUGGCAAGCCCUUCCUGGGCCUCCUGGGGGUGCUCACCGUGUGCAUCUCCAUCGUCACAGCAGCUGGGAUCUUCUUCAUCACUGAUGGGAAGUACAAUUCCACCCUGCUGGGAAUCCCGUUCUUCGCCAUGGGUCACGGAACAAAAGGAGUCUUUGAGCUUCUGUCUGGAUGGCGGAGAACCAAAGAGAAUUUGCCCUUCAAAGACAGGGUAGCAGAUGCCUACUCAGAUGUAAUGGUGACCUACACCAUGACCAGCUCCCUGUACUUUAUUACCUUUGGCAUGGGUGCCAGCCCAUUCACCAACAUAGAGGCUGUGAAGAUCUUCUGUCAGAACAUGUGCGUCUCCAUCCUGUUGAACUACUUCUACAUUUUCUCCUUCUUUGGCUCCUGUCUGGUCUUUGCUGGCCAACUAGAGCAAAACCGCUACCACAGCAUCUUUUGCUGUAAGAUCCCAUCCGCAGAAUACCUGGACCGCAAGCCCGUGUGGUUCCAGACGGUGAUGAGCGACGGGCAUCAGCAGACGUCCCAUCACGAGACGAACCCCUACCAGCAUCACUUCAUUCAGCACUUCCUCCGCGAGCAUUACAACGAGUGGAUUACCAAUAUCUACGUGAAGCCAUUUGUUGUCAUCCUCUAUCUCAUCUACGCCUCCUUCUCCUUCAUGGGGUGCUUGCAGAUCAGUGACAGAGCCAACAUCAUCAAUCUCCUAGCCAGUGAUUCCCCAAGCGUUUCCUAUGCCAUGGUUCAGCAGAAAUAUUUCAGCAACUACAGCCCCGUGAUAGGAUUCUACAUCUAUGAGCCCCUGGAGUACUGGAACAGCAGCGUCCAGGAGGACCUGCGGAGACUCUGUAGUGGGUUCACUGCAGUGUCCUGGGUGGAGCAGUAUUACCAGUUCCUGAAAGUUAGCAACAUCAGUGCCAAUAACAAGAGUGACUUUAUCAGUGUCCUCCAGAGUUCCUUUUUAAAAAAGCCAGAGUUCCAGCAUUUUCGAAACGAUAUCAUCUUCUCCAAGGCAGGGGAUGAAAACAACAUCAUUGCUUCUCGCUUGUAUCUGGUGGCCAGGACCAGCAGAGACAAGCAGAAGGAAGUCAUAGAAGUGUUGGAAAAGCUGAGGCCCCUGUCCCUGUCGAAGAGCAUCCGAUUCAUCGUGUUCAACCCCUCCUUUGUGUUCAUGGACCAUUACGGCUUAUCUGUCACAGUGCCUGUUCUGAUUGCAGGCUUUGGUGUUCUCCUGGUGUUAAUCCUGACUUUUUUCCUGGUGAUCCAUCCUCUGGGAAACUUCUGGCUAAUUCUUAGCGUCACCUCAAUUGAGCUGGGCGUUCUGGGCUUAAUGACAUUAUGGAACGUCGACAUGGAUUGCAUUUCUAUCUUGUGCCUUAUCUACACUCUAAAUUUCGCCAUUGACCACUGUGCACCACUGCUUUACACAUUUGUAUUAGCAACUGAGCACACGCGAACACAAUGUAUCAAAACCUCCCUGCAAGAGCAUGGGACAGCCAUUUUGCAAAAUGUUACUUCUUUUCUUAUUGGGUUGGUCCCCCUCCUAUUUGUGCCUUCGAACCUGACCUUCACACUGUUCAAAUGCUUGCUGCUCACUGGGGGUUGCACACUUCUGCACUGUUUUGUUAUCUUACCUGUGUUCCUAACCUUUUUCCCCCCUUCCAAAAAGCACCACAAGAAAAAGAAACGUGCCAAACGAAAGGAGAGAGAGGAAAUUGAAUGCAUAGAAAUUCAAGAGAACCCUGAUCACGUCACCACCGUCUGAAGGGUAUAGACUAAUGGAUUAUUUUUCUUUUCCAGUAUUGCACAACGAUGCAGGGCAGGUAAAGUUCAGACCUCAGCUGCUUGGGCUGGCCAGGGGUAACAAGGCAAGUCAGAUCAAGAGUGAGUUAUUCAUGACACACCAAGGUGUCCACUUCUUGGGUGGAAGAGGGACUCAAAGAAGGGCAAAGU